UGUUUUUGACAUUUAAGUUACUAAAAUUUAAUAUUCAGCAAAUGGCCCUCUCAUCCUCCAUCUUCAGUAUAUCUCGUUUCUCAUCUUCUUCACUCUACCUCAACCGUAUUACUCCAAGACUCAACUGGAUAAUCCCCAAUAAGCACCGCUACCAGUUUAACGGCUGUAAGACAAUGGCUACUACUUCCGCAGCACUUAAUAAAGAAAUUGCGGCCAAGCAAGAGAAAAUCACUGCUCCCUACGGCUCUUGGAGCUCCCCGAUCACCGCCGAUGUCGUCGCCGGUGCCUCUAAGCGGCUUGGUGGAACUUCCGUCGACUCCAAUGGUCACCUUAUUUGGCUAGAAUCCCGCCCCGCUGAAGCAGGGCGAGCGGUUCUUGUAAGAGAAGCGGAGAAAGCAGGGGAAGAACCUGUUGAUAUUACGCCAAAGGACUUUGCGGUGCGGACGGUGGCCCAGGAAUACGGUGGUGGGGCUUUCUCAGUUUCUGGGGAUACAGUUGUUUUCUCCAAUUACAAGGACCAAAGACUGUACAAACAGUUUUUAAAUUCCAAAGAUUCUUUACCCAAACCACUCACCCCGGAUUAUGGUGGACCAGUAAUCAGUUAUGCUGAUGGAGUGUUUGAUUCACGAUUUAGUCGUUAUGUCACUGUCCGGGAAGAUCGUCGUCGAAGUAGCACAAAUGCAACUACAGAUAUCGUGACAGUUAGUCUGGAAAGUGAUGAUAUUCAAGAACCAGAAGUACUAGUUGGUGGAAAUGACUUCUAUGCCUUCCCUCAAUUGGACCACAAAGGUGAGCGAAUUGCAUGGAUUGAAUGGACUCAUCCUAACAUGCCAUGGGAUAAAACAGAACUCUGGGUUGGGUAUAUUUCUGAAAAUGGAGAGAUCUACAAGCGCAUCUGUAUUGCUGGUUCAGAUCCUACGAUUGUGGAGUCUCCAACUGAACCAAAGUGGUCUUCUUCUGGGGAACUUUUUUUUAUUACAGAUAGAAAAAGUGGGUUUUGGAAUCUUUUUAAAUGGGUUGAGUCUGACAACAAGGUAGUACCAGUUUAUUCCUUGGAUGCAGAAUUUUCCAAACCUUUGUGGGUUUUUGGGAUAAAUUCUUAUGAGCUUAUUUCGGGCCAUGAAGGAAAAAGCUUGAUUGCUUGCAGCUACAGGCAGAAAGGGAGGUCAUACCUUGGAAUUUUGGAUGAAGUUCAGAGCACCAUAUCUUUGCUUGAUAUUCCUUUCACCGAUAUAGAAAACAUCACUUCAACUAAGGAUUGCUUGUAUGUGGAGGGAGCAUCUGAAAAUUACCCUUCAUCUGUUGCUAAGGUGACCUUAGACGAGCCAAAGUCUAAAGCAGUUGAAUUCAAGAUUAUUUGGUCCUCAUCGCCUGAUUGUUUAAAAUACGGGUCUUAUUUCAGUCUACCUGAAUUUAUUGAAUUUCCAACAGAAGUUCCUGGUCAAAUUGCCUACGCAUAUUUUUACCCGCCGUCUAAUCCUAGUUACCAAGCUGGUCAGGAAGAAAAGCCUCCACUGCUAUUGAAAAGCCAUGGAGGUCCCACAGCUGAAUCACAUGCAAUGUUGAAUUUGAAUAUUCAGUAUUGGACAAGUCGUGGAUGGGCUUUUGUCGAUGUUAAUUAUGGUGGAAGCACUGGUUAUGGCAGGGAAUAUCGAGAACGGCUGUUGAAGAAAUGGGGAAUUGUUGAUGUCAAUGACUGUUGUAGUUGUGCUAAAUUUUUGGUGGAUACUGGAAAGGUAGAUGGGGAGAGGCUAUGUAUUACUGGGGGCUCUGCAGGUGGUUACACAACCUUAGCUGCUCUUGCAUUCAAAAGCACAUUUAAGGCGGGAGCUUCAUUGUAUGGUGUAGCAGAUCUAAACUUGUUGAGAGCAGAGACACACAAAUUUGAAUCUCACUAUAUUGAUAGUCUUGUUGGAAGUGAAAAGGAUUACUUUGAGAGAUCACCAAUAAACUUUGUUGAUAAAUUUUCUUGCCCCAUAAUCCUAUUCCAAGGAUUGGAGGAUAAGGUUGUACCUCCUGAUCAAGCUCGGAAAAUAUAUCAGGCAUUGAAGGCAAAGGGUUUGCCUGUUGCUCUUGUGGAGUACGAGGGGGAACAACAUGGUUUUCGAAAGGCUGAAAACAUAAAGUUCACUCUGGAACAACAAAUGGUUUUCUUUGCACGAUUAGUUGGGCACUUUAAGGUUGCGGAUGAGAUAACCCCGAUCAAAAUUGAUAACGUUGACUAAGCAUAUAUCAUAGACGUAUAUGUUUCUGCUUCUCUGUCCAUGUAUGUUCAUCGAUUUGUCAUAAAAUUUUGCUACUCAAGAUAAAAGAGCAACCAAUUCCCCAGCUUUGAGGAAGUUUUUGAAACUUUGGGGCAUUAGUGGAAUGGAUACAUAAAUAUCUAUACACACCUUGCUUUCUGGUUUUGAUUAUAUGCCCUUCAUAAAGGUUUUGGUUUUAUCAUGCUUUGAAUUCACUUUGGAUAUGUUUAAUAAAUGUUUCUUAUACUUUGAUCUUUUUUCA